GUUCGGUGAUAUACCUUUCUAGCAGGUGCUACUGUUCAUGCGACCCAAUACUUCCUUGUGGCAGGAUCUACGCCACCUUUGUGUUCUUAAUGCUUCGGUUAGAGUGUUAAAUAUUGCAAAGUCGAUAGCUUUGUUACAGUUUGGUAUUUUGUGGAUGAAUUUGAAAGAAAAGGAGCGAUUAGUUAGCAGCGUCGAUGAACACAUGGAGGGUGAAACAAAGAAAACAAUCACUCUAAAAAGGCAGGUGUACACGUUAGAGACAUUUGCUGAAACAUACAAAGAUGAAGGAACAAAAUCGAGUGUGUUUGAUAGCAUUAAGAAAUCAAUGCAAUGUUCUAAGAAAAAAGCUGGAAAGAUUCUUGGAUCCUAUCUUCCAGUUGUUGAAUUUAUACGUAAUUAUAAACUGAAGCAGUAUAUCCUUGGAGAUGUAUUGUCCGGUUUAACAGUCAGUUUCAUGCAACUUCCACAAGCUAUGGGGUUUGGCAUUCUUGCCUCACUACGACCUAUCCAUGGACUCUACACCACGUUUUUCCCCAUGCUUGUUUACCUACUGUUUGGGACAUCGCCGUAUAUAUCAUUUGGAACGAACGCUCUCAUGGCUUUGCUUACACAGACAGUGGUUGAGAGAGAAGCUGAUUCUUUUAUAGCGUCAUUUGCAAAUACAAACGCAUCAAAGCCUACGGAAGAUGAAAUAAUGGACGUUAAAAUCGGAGCUUCCAUGGCAUGUUGUGUACUGGUCGGUAUAUUUCUUGCGGGAAUGGGACUCUUGAAACUUGGUAUAAUAACUACCUAUCUGUCUGUAUCUUUUGUUGGUGGGUUCACUACGGCAGCCGCCGUUCACAUCGCGACUAGCCAAAUUGUCAAAAUAUUCGGAAUUAAAGUGAAAAAUUUUGCCGGGGCCGGCAAGCUUAUACUAACAUACACAGAUCUGUUCAGUAAAAUCACACAAAUAAAAUUUGUCGAAGUUAUCAUCGGAGUGAUCUGUAUCAUUGUACUUCUUCUUGUGAAGAUAUGUAUCAAUGAACGCUACAAUAAGAAGCUGAGAAUGCCAGUUCCAAUUGAUCUUAUUGUGGUAGUUAUUGGAACAAUAAUAUCUCAUUUUGCAAAGUUUGAGGAUGUUUUUGAUGUAAAGAUCGUUGGAGAAAUACCGAGCGGGUUCACUACACCAGCUUUACCAAACUUCGAUAAUGUCGGUAGCUUUGUGAGCGACGCAUUCGUGAUGGCGAUUUUGUCACUUGCUAUGAGUAUUUCAAUGGCGAAAAUCUGUUCAGACAAGCACGGUUUACCAGUAGAUGAUAACCAAGAACUGAUAGCGUACGGUGCCUGUAAUAUUGUGUCAGGAUUCUUCUAUUGUUUCCCUUCCGCUACGGCGCCACCUAGGACAAUGAUAUUGAGUUCACUUGGUGCGAGAACCACGCUAAAUGCCAUCGCUACCUCCGUGUUUCUCCUGUUGGUUAUCCUGGUUAUUGGUCAGCUGUUCGUUUCGCUGCCACUAAGUGUUCUUGCUGCAAUGAUUAUUGUUUCUAUAAAAGAUCUGCUGCUACAGUAUAGAAAUUUACCCAAGAUUUGGAAAGUAAACAAGUAUGACUUUAUCAUUUGGGUUGUGACAAACUCUGUCUGCAUCCUCGUAGACCUGCAUUACGGCAUCAUAGCUGGGGUUGGAAUUUCAAUAUUUCUGACUGUAGUUAAUGACCAGUUGUCUACUGGACAUUUGAUUGGACUUUCUCAAGCUGAAGAUAUUGCGGUCAGAUAUACUGACGGCAAGAAUAUGAGAGAUAUAAACGGGGUCAAGAUCUUCAAAAUACCAACGAAUUUAUAUUUUGCAACUGCAGAGAGAAUGAAGAAUCAGAUUUUCAGGACAAUUAUGAAUCCUAAAAAGUAUUUAAAGAAGACGCAAAAAUUAGAAACUAUGGCCAAGAUUGUUGAUGAAGAGACAGUUGUUGUAAAGAACAAUAUUUCCACCGAGGUUAAUGGGAAACCUACUUCAGCUACUUUGGACGUCAAUCUGAAGUCGCUAGUGCUUGACUGUUCAAUGGUGAAUUACGUCGACAUGGCAGGGAUAACAGCUCUACAACAAGUUAUCAAAGAAUAUAAAACAGUACAAGUAGAUGUCUAUUUUGUUGCUAUCACAGAUAAUGUUUUUGCAACUUUGGAUGCAGGCGAAUUUUUCAAGACCUUCCCCAAGAAUAGCGUCUUUGUUGAUGUGUUCGACGCUGUUUCGGUAUUAAGUUCGCAGGCUGUUAAUUCAACUUCAUCAUCGAAACUAUGAGGUUGCGAAUUUAAAACAAGACGUGGAUAGUUAAAGUAUUAGAUAUUAGUGGGGGCAGUGAUAUCUGAUACUAAUUUACUAGAAAAACUUUGAACCUUACUUGGCAACAGUUUAUGUUAAGCAUGACCUCCACAGGCUGUACGCAAUAAUUUAAGCGAGUCUUGCUUGAUGACUUAUGAACUAUAUCAGCUCUGUAUAUUCGAGAGACCCAAAAUGUGAACAAAAUUAACGUAAGUCUUACAUACCGUAUAAUAUUAUUUUAGCUGCUGCUAAUUUUUAAUAUUUUUUACGACCAAAUAAGAUUCGUAAAUAUUGGCCUCGUAUAAAUUCGCCUCAUACCCGCAAUCUAUAUUUAUAUCUUCUGUUGCUUUUUCUAAUACGGUGCAUGCACUAGCGGCUCUCUGUAAAGUGUGUGAGCGUUUGUCAUGAUACAAAUCUGUGAAGUGUAACUUCAUAUAUAUCCCUACAAUUAGCUGUUUUCUCAAAUGUUUUCAGCACUAUGUUCACUUUCCAUAUUAUAAUUCUUUAUAAAGUCCCCACAAACGGAAAACCUAUGGCAGUGUAUGUAAGGAUGUGCAUAUGACAACUACUACACAGAUAAAUUACACAGACACAGUAAACAUACGCAAAAAGGAUUAAAAAACAAAUAAAGGAAGACAAUGGGGCACCGCCUUGGAACGGUCAGUGGCAUUAAACACUCCACUGCGGACUUUAAACGGGUUUCUGAUGCACUAUUCUCAAUCACGGACAAUGUAAAUUAAAUUAAUACCUGCCAGGUGAAUCCCUCACAUAUGUAAUGGUAACAAAAGGCACAAUAUGUGAUACGCAAAAAAACUCUCUCGUAAUCAAAUACCUAUGCACUCAAUGCCUUUGUAGAUGACAGAGCAACAAGACCACCACUAACGAACAAAAAAAACAGACACACGGCAAAUAUCAAAGCUAAACGAUCCCUGUGGGCGUUAUGGCUGCCUCAUCUGUUACGUUAGAAACAAUCGAAGAAGAUAGCGUAGAGUUUAAUAACAUUCGAUGCGGGACAAAACUUAUGAGUGGUAAACGUUUUAUGAUAUUACCGAAUACCGUCGAAAAUUGCCAUGACCUGCAAACUACAUAACAAAAAAAAGUAAACUUUUCGUGGCCCUUGACGUAGAGGUAUCUAUAAAUUAAAUGUCCAAUAUAUCUGCUUGAUACUAAAUUGUGUUUAUUAUUCGCUUUGUAACCAAAAUUGUACGGCUAGUAUAGCUAACCAGCAAUCUGACUAAAGUACAUCUCCUAUUACGCUACGCAUAGGAUCUGACAACGAGCUAUUGAUGGCCUCGUUCUGACAGCCCUCCCGCUAGCCAAUCAAAAGCUAACUUACAACAUUCUGCAAGCUUUAAAAAGCCUUGGUUUUUGAUAUCAACAAUAUUUAUGUCGAAAGAUAUCAGAUAGGCGGUUAGCUCAGUCGGUAGAGCACCUGCUCUGUAAGCGAGAGGUCCCGGGUUCGAGCCCUGGAUUAACUGCAAAUUUUUCUUACUCUGACAUUCGAACAAGUGGUCUGAUUGGUUCAAACAAAAAUAGAUUUGCGAAAAUAAAAAUAGCAGUAUUGGAAAUCCAAAAUAUACAGAAGACGAAUGUGAAUGGGUCGUUCUCAGAUCUUCGUUUAGAAGAUCAAGUACUUUAGUCAGAUUGAGCUAACCAGAUUUCUAUAUACUGCACGUUAUAUAUAUAUAUAUAUAUGUGUGUGUUUUCAAGAUGAAUAAUGCAGUGGAUAUAGACUUAACUUUCGCGCAGUAAAUAAAGGAUUACUAAGCUCGUUAACCCUGAUGCAUAUAGGUAAACGGGUGCAACAAAACGAUAAUGUAGAUACAAAUUUAUCUUGUGUGUGGUAGAGUGAUAAUGUGUUAAUGCACAUUUUUUUAGUUUGACAGUGGCGUGUAUAAUUUUCCAUAGAGGAAUAUUCAACAUUUACAUUAAGUCACAUGCACUAGAUUAUAUCUUGACAUAUAUUAUCCUUGAAUAAAAAAUAAUUCAUUAGAUAUAAGAAAUUGUGUAGAUAAAUCGUUUGCUUUUCAAAUUUGA